UCAUUAAGGAAAAUGACAAAUUCUAAGCAGAAGAAAAAGUAAACAAUAAAACUCGAUGGAUUUACUGAAAAUUGGCUGGGAAUGCAAAGUAUAUAAUGGAACCUUGAAAAACUAAAAGCUCGCAGGAGGAGGGUUGAAGUUCCCAAGAUAAUAAUGACCACAUGAUGACUGUGGUAGGCCUGUUAGUUGGGCUGAACCUUCUGGGCUUGCUUUUUUUCAAUGUUCACUGCUCCUCUAGAAGCUGUGAUGGCAAAAAAGUUCUAAAUGGCCAUGAAGGCCAUUUCUCAGAUGGCCAUGAGCACUAUCAGGAACACAUCCAGUGUGAAUGGCUUAUUGAUGCUGGAGGGCCUAAUAAAAGCAUACACCUGACUUUUGUCAGUAUUGCUACAGAAUGCUCGUUUGACUUCAUUUUUAUCUAUGAUGGGAAUUCUUACAACAGUAAACUAAUAGCCUCACUCAGUGGAGAUAGUUUACCUAGUAACAGCAUUACUGCACACUCUGGCUUUAUGCUUCUAUUUCUCUUCAGUGACCGCAACUAUGUUACGUCAGGAUUUGAAGCACGUUACAAAAUAUAUGACUGUCCAUGGAAUUGUAGUGGGCAUGGAAUAUGUAAAAAUCACAUCUGUUUUUGUAACGCAGGCCAUAGUGGCAAAGGAUGUGAGAUAACAGAUUGUCCAUUGAACUGCCACCCACACGGAGAAUGUAGAUUCCACUCGCACAGAUUGAAGUACUGCCAUUGUAACAAUGGCUAUGUGGGGGAACAUUGUAAUCUUCCCAUACACAGCACUGAAAUUCAUGACCAGUGGUAUGCUGUUCAAGAUGAGCUCGGGGGCGGCUUCCCGCCCCGCACAGGCCACAUAUCUGUGUACAUCAACAACUGUAUAUGGAUGUUUGGCGGGUAUAAUCUUAACAACCUUUUGGAUGACUUGUGGCGGUACUGCAUGCUAGAAAAUUUGUGGGAAGGUGUAGUUAAACCUGACAGAAGGAGCAUUAAUGAAUGGCCGCUACCUAGGAGCGGCCAUGCAGCUGAUGUUUAUGAGGAUGGGUUCUUUAUUUUUGGAGGUCUCCUGAAUGAUGGCCUGCACAGUAACGACUUGUGGUUUUUCAACACCACAUCAUUUACAUGGACUCUGUGUGCCAAUAAAAGUGAGGUCGUCCCAGAGAAAGUAACAGAUCACACACUGACAACCGCAGAAGGUUAUCUGUAUGUUUUUGGUGGGAAAAAUGAAGAGCGCAUCCUCAUUGAUUCCAUUUACAGGAUAGAUGCUAAGGCCCCCGAGCAGUGGGAGAAAGUUUAUGUAAAAGGUGGAAACUACCCUAGAAAACAGCUUGCUGGUCAUUCCACAGUAUACCACAAACAUUCUCGAUCACUGAUAGUGUUCGGUGGUUACAUCCAAAGCAGCGCUCUCUUCAGCGAUCGCUCUCGGGAGAUCUAUGCGUUCCAUACAGAUGAUUUCUUCUGGUCACACCUUCACAAUGAAAACUGGAGUAAUUAUUCAAUGCCCAAGCACAGAGCUUUUCACACGGCUGUUAUUAUGGGGAACUACAUGGUCGUCUAUGGGGGGAACACCCACUAUCACAAUGCCUAUGAGACCUGCUACAGUCAGGAGAUUUUCUUCUACCACUUGGGUUGCCACGUCUGGAUCAACAACACCUAUUUCAUAGGUAGUACAGAAUCUAGUAAAGGACCAAGAAAAGGAAGGUUUGGCCAUACUGCAGUGGUAGCCAAUGGUAACAUCAUGUUUGUAAUGGGGGGCUAUUCUGGUCAAGUACAUGGAGAUCUUCUGGCCUAUAAAGUUUCAUCUGCUAUUGCUGAUUAUGUGUGCACACACCCAGAGAACAGGGACUGCCCCAUCAAUCACGACCACUGUGAACAGCAUCCAAAAAAUGAUCAACGAAAAUGCCAAGAUGACCCAGAGUGUGUCUUCUGUAACCAUACCCAUGCUACAAUUGUAGAAAGCCCUGGAUGUAUUCAUAGGACACGCGCUGAGAGUUGCAAUGGACUAGUGUAUGAUCCCCCUGAACGGUGUCCGGGCAUAUGUCCAGCUCUUCACACCUGUGGUUCUUGCAUCAGUCAGGGGAAAGGGGCCAACCUCUCUGAUGAGUUGCCGAGGAGAAGCAUCUACAUUGAUGAGUGCAGCUGGUGUGUUAAGGAAGCGCAGUGUCAAACUAGGACAGCACCAUCUGGAACAUGUAAAGGACCAAGAGAGACCAUAUCUGGUGUGCAAGGCUGGUGGGGUGGGCUGAGUUCAAAUCUGACAACAUUUUCUCAGUGCCAAGUGGAAGAUUUUCCUGCAGGACUUCACUGGAUAAAAUACAGGGAGCCGCUCAACAUUUCUUAUCCUGAUGAGCUAAGCAUCAUACGUGAAACUACAUUCAAACUAGGAUACACCACAACCAAACGAAUUGAGAAAGAAUUUAACUACACAUCUAAGAUUCAAGGCUUUAUUCACCCCUUGAAUGCUCAGCCACCUAAUCAUGAGAACUUGAAACUGUCGCUGUCGCUUAAAUUAGAUAAUGCAACACUAUAUUUAUCCACUGAUGAAUCUGCUGAGCGAAAGGAAUUGGUAGCAGUCCAUGGUGAAGAUUCUUUAUAUAACGCCACUGAAGCACAUCGAAGAAACAACAGAUUGCUGUUCCCAAAUGUCACUCGAGGAUACAAGUAUUUCAUGGAGCAGUUGACAAUCCAGUAUGUGCCGAGAGCCAUUCACUUUUUGGCCAAUGGUACUACAGUUUCAGUCCAAUGGAAUGGUUAUCUCAAGAAAUCAGAUGUCAAGCAACACCCAGUUUCCUAUGAGUUUUUAGAACCCUACAGCAAUGGGACCUGUAAUGCAUACAACUGCCUGAGCUGUCUAACAGAUAUACUGUGCAGCUGGUGUGAGGUCAAGCGGAUGUGUGUGCCUCGCAACAUGAGCAGCGACCUGUGCCAGGAGGACCUGAGGCACCAGUACCUCAUCACAUCCCCCUCUGAAUGUCCAGACUGUGAAAACUAUCUCCAAUGCUCAUCUUGCGCUGCAGAUCCAUUAUGUGAAUGGGCUAUAGCGGAUGGUCACUGUACAAGAAGAAACAGAUAUCCUAAAAAGGCAGCAGUGAAGGACAGCAGCAAAUGCCCUCUGCCAUGCCACAAACGCUUGAACUGCAGUGAUUGCAUCAGUCAGAAGAAUGAAUGCACCUGGUGUGAAAACACCCAGACCUGUCUACCUUUCUCUGACUAUGUGACCAGGUACAUCUAUGGGCAGUGCACGUUCUGGACCGACACGCACGACAUUGGGUGCUACUCCUGCCAGAAGUACAACACAUGUAAGGACUGCAUCAAAGAGUUUGGCUGCGGGUGGUGCAGUAACGAAAACGAUGAUCUCAUUGGUCUGUGUGUGAAAGGAGAUUUUGGAAGCAUGCACGGCAGCAAAAGCUGCUCCUCCCUGUUACAUGAGGCAUACAACACAUCCUUGUCGGAGCCCACAACAUGGUCCUAUGCCAUUUGUCCUGAUAUAGAUGAAUGUACCCAGGGAAAGCAUAAAUGCCAUCCUAAUUCCACUUGCAUCAAUGUCUAUGGAUCUUAUCGCUGUGCUUGCAACCGUGGGUUUGAAGGUGACGGCAGGGAGGAAUGCAUUGAGACUUGCUAUUACAAUUGCCAAAAUGGCAACUGUUCUGGACCCCCUGACUACAAGUGCGAUUGCAACCUUGGCUGGACUAACCACAGCUGUGAGGUGAAUUGUGGGUGCAAUGGCCACAGCACAUGUGAUUCAGGAGUAGGCUUGUGUGAUGCAUGUCAGAACAGAACUACUGGGCCCGCCUGUGACAUGUGUUUGCCUGGAACUUAUGGAAACCCUUAUGAUCCACAUGGUUGUCAUCCCUGUAUGUGUAAUGGCCAUGGUGACAUGAGUAAAGGAGAUUGUAACAAUGUUACUGGGGUCUGCUACUGCACUGGCAACACAUAUGGCCCUAACUGUGAGGCCUGUCUGCCAACCCACUAUGGAAACCCUAAAAAUGGUGGACAAUGUUACCUGCGCUGCGAUUAUCGCGUGUUUGUUACCAAUGCAACACAGGGUGGCCUUGGUCUGUAUCAGGAGAAUGGGAUUGAGAAAGUUGGCCAUUCAUACUGUCUGUGGAUUCUGUCAGUUUUCCCAAGUAUCAAGCAAAGGCCAUCGGACCUGAAAACUGCACCUUUGUUGUCACUGACGGUAGAGGGCGACAUGGUGAUAACCUGUGGCAAGGGGGCUGUGUAUGUGUACAGUGGAAUUCCUGACUUCAUUUAUGGCUAUGGUGAUGAGACUAUGGAAUAUGAACCACUUGGAGAAUUUUGUGGCCUAUCCCCAGGCAGAGAUAUCACUGUGUAUGGCAAACAAGGAAUAAUGACGGUACUCUUCGAAGGAUCAAGGAGCCCAAGCUACAAUACCAGGUUCAAUGCUACCUUUCGUGCUUAUACUUGCCCUGAUAGUUGUCAUGACAACCAGGAAUGUGUGGAUAGCUCCUGUGUUUGCAAGGAGGGUUUUUGGGGUCCAAACUGUAAAGUACCUCUCUGCCCCAACAACUGUUCUGAAGAUGUUGGCAAUGGAUACUGUCUCAACGGCAUCUGCAUUUGCAACAGGAACUACAGUGGUCUGUCCUGCACAGAGAAGAUGGGCAUCAAUGAACUCCGCCAGCAAAUUAUAACAGACUCUCGCUUGCCCAUGUCUCCAGUUAAAGAGCACAUCUUUGGUAGCAAUGCCUAUGGCCCGUCCCCACGUGCUGGCCACACCAUGACCAGCUGUGGCGAUGACCUGAUCUACCUGUAUGGGGGUUACAGCUCUAAGGAGGGGGUCCUCAAUGACAUGUGGGUGUACAAUGUUACGGCCAAAUCCUGGGAGCUCAUUCUUCCAGAGCUGGAUAAGAAGCCAAGUGGAAGCUAUUAUCAUGCCGCUGCCUGCAUUCCUCUACUCAAAAUGAUCUUUGUCUAUGGAGGUUUCACCCUAAAAGUAGAUUACAGAGAAGAUGGCAGCAAGGUGGAGGAUGUGCAACCCAGCAAUUUGCUUUGGAAAUUCAAUACGGAGUCUCAUGCUUGGACUGUUGAUAAGUCACCUAAUUGGCUCCCAGCCAUGGCAGGCCAUAGCCUCACCUAUGUUGGCACCACAAAUCUGAUUCUCAUUGGAGGCAUCUCCCCUGACAAUUACUUCAAUGACCAGGUUUAUGAGUACAAUGUUUCCAUUGGCCAGUUUGCAUGGCAAGAGUUCAAGCAAAUGCAAGGUUCCAUCCCUAUAGGUUUGUAUGGCCACAGUGCAGUGUUUGAUGAUAAAACAGAAACAAUCUAUGUUUUUGGUGGCUACCUGUACAGAUCUGAGGACUGGUAUGUUUCACAAGAGCUCUUUACCCUGGACAUCAAAGGGAAAAUGUGGAACAUGUUACAGCCAGAGGAGAACAGCAAGUGGGAACACAGAGUUUUCCACACAGCAGUUCACAUGGGUGACUCCAUGGUUGUCAUUGGAGGUCUCACUGCCAGUAAAAGCUUUGCUACAGAUGUCAUUGUCUACCGCUACCUUUGUAACACCUGGCACAGGCUGCAGUUUGUUGACUUUGAAGUAGAUGAAGAAGAACUUGCUCAGUUCCCAAUAACUGGCUUGGGUCUCGAUGCCGUCAGUAGAAACAAUGUCAUCUAUGUCUUUGGUGGUUUUGCUGGGGUCUCCUUUGGCACUUUCUCCCAGCUGAAUCUCCCUGCGGACCUGUGCUUCCACAUCAAGGACCCCAUCAUGUGCAGCAACAUCUCUGGAUGCCAGGUGUGCACAGUGGGCUCAGAGACUGGAGAGAACAGGACAGUGUGCUUUGAUGUGAACAAGGACUACAAGUUUCCGGGGUCAGUACUUUAUAUUGAUGGGAUGACAAUCAGUUUCCAUGGUUGCAAUGCUCAACAUGCUGAAGAAAAGCGCUGCAAAAGUGCAAGAAAACGAAGGUGUCAUCGCUACCGUACAUGCAGCCAAUGUGUGUCUUCUUACCCUAAAAGUAGAGAAACUCAGGAUGGUAAAGACAAAAACCCUAAAUUUGAAGAUGAUAAGUGUAUUUGGUGUAGCAACUGCCCUACUGGCAGCUGUAUUUAUCCCAAGGAGACAUGCCCAUCCCAAAAGCUGUGCCCCAUAUCUGACUCCAGCACUAUUGACAGUGCCCACAACUGUUUUGAGAACCAGUGCGCAGCAUCUGACUGUGAGAAGUGUAUCAAGGAUUCUAAAUGUCUGUGGAGUAGGCACUUCCAAAGAUCAACUGAAAUUGGCCGCUACUUCAACACUCAAGGUAUCUUUAACUGGAACUGUGUGUCACAUUUAAUAAAGCAGCCAGCUAGUGGGACCACGCUGUUUGAUUCAGCCCCACCCAAGAGCUGUCCAGUCCGAUGCUUUGAAUACAAAACAUGUAAAGAAUGUCUGGAAUCUACUGGUAGUGAAGGUGCCUCAAAGGAGUGUUUGUGGAGUGAGGCACUUCAAGAGUGCAUGGCACCAGCUUACUUCCCCUUGCGCUGUACACUUGGUGAGUGCCACUUUGUGCGCUCUAAGGAGGAGCACACCUGUCCCAUCCCAUGCACCACCCACCACAAGUGUGCUGACUGCAUAGCUUCCCCUGAUUGUGGCUGGUGCGCCUAUGGAGGCCACAAUGGCCAUGGGGAGUGUUUGCCAGGUGGGAUUCUUGGACCAACUCACAGGAUGGCUUGCUCAGAUGGAGGGGCCAAUUUGGUGGCAUCUGAUGACUUCUCACAUGACCACUUCAAGAUUGAAAGAAAUGACAAACCAGACCAGCACAAAUCUGCUCAUAUAAAGAUCUGGUCGUAUGACAAGUGCCAGCCUGAGAACGAGUGCAUGAACAACCACCACACGUGUAACAACAACACAGAGGACUGUCACGACACGCUGGAGCACUUCAAGUGUGAAUGUAAAAAGGGUUAUGUCUUGAUUAAGUCUUCAAGAAAAUGUGAACCAGUGUGUCACCAGGGGUGUGUGAAAGGGUCCUGCGUCAAGCCUGAACACUGCCAGUGUGACUUUGGCUAUGUGGGCAAGAACUGUUCCGUGGAGUGUUUGUGUAACAAGCACAGCAACUGUAAGAGUGUCACGGAGACCAGCACGUGCCUCAAGUGUGAAAACAACACUACGGGAGAGAAGUGUGACAGAUGCCUGCCUGGCUUUGUGGGUAGCCCUGAAAAUGGUGGCCGGUGCAUACCUUGCUGGGAGUUCUGCAACAAUCACACCAACGACUGUAAAACACCUGAUCAAAACAAUUUAUCGGCUGUCACUGCAUGGGCAACCUUACAAGGCUCCAACAUGAAGCAAGCCCAGUGCUACAACUGCCAACACAACACAACUGGCACUCGAUGUGACAUGUGCAUUAGUGGACACUUCCGUAAAAGUACUCAACCCAAGACCAGCCCCUGCACUGAGUGUGAGUGUAAUGGCCACAGUAAUGUGUGUAAUGCUGACACUGGAGAAAACUGCCAGUGUAAAAAUAACACAGAAACAGCCUGUGAGACCAAAGACAACAAUGACCUAGAAUGUUGGCAAGUUCAGUGUGCAAAUUGCAAAGAAUACUUCCUGGGCACACCAACCAAUGGCCAUCAGUGUUACAGACAGAUGAAUGUGGACAGGGACUACUGCUUUGAUCCCGACACACAGAACAACUGCAACCAGUUCCCCAAGCCUCUUCUCAAUGGGAAAACUGUCUUUUUUGCUGUCCAGCCUAAAUACCUCAAUGUGGAUAUUCGCAUCACUAUUGAUGUCACAAUGGGAAGUGCGGAUGUGUUUUUGUCCAACAAAAAAGAUACCUUUCAAGUCUUCAAUGAUGAAACCUACAGGAUGCAUAACAUUUUCUUGGAUAAAAACUACCCAGCUGGUCGAGGGGGCCUGAGUCGUCGCAGCAUCAAAGAUGACUUGGGUGUUGAUUACCCUGACGACGAGGCCACGCUGCAUCAGCUUGAGGACACAGAGUCUGUCCCCAUAACUUACAGCGUGCCAGAGUUUAUCAAGCUGCAGGACACAGACUCUGGGUUCUACCACAUGUCACAGUUUGAGAGCUUGGAGACAUCAGGUACUAAAGAAUGGAAGAAGGAGUAUAAAGGCGGUGUUUUAAAAAGUCACAGAACUGGGGUGGGUAGAGAUGAUGGUCUUAUCAACAAGGAUGAUGAUGAUUUUGAGAACGAUGACAAAAGAGGUCCCAAGAAACCAGAAAAGAAGAAUCCGAAAGUUAAGGCCGGUCACAAGUUCCCGAAGAAUUUCCCAGCCCAUGAGAACAGAAGGCACAGCUUUGGCCAUUGGCAAGGUUUUAUGCUGGACCAUGCUCACAAGUUGCAGUACAGCCAUUUUAAGAAGAACGCAGCCAAUGAGACUUGGCUUCCUACACCAAGUUUCAUGAGCCAGUCGAAGAGUCUGGCGGCUCUGAGACGGCUGCGUAGGAACACAAUUGUGACUGAUGCUAAAAAAGAGGGUAAAUUUCUAGGGAUGGGGAACAGCAUCAAAAUAGGGGAGAUCGAUGCGGGGGAGUUAAACACGUACAUAACCGUGGGUCAGCAGAACAGUGUGUUGGUGGUGAGAGACGUUAGGUUCCGCCUGGUCAUAACCCUGCCCCGGGACCAACAUGACCUGCGCUCGUCGCGGUUUUACAUCAUCGUCAGGUCUCGCGGGGGCGGAUCAGAGAACACCACGUACGGGAAUCUGUACUUCAGGCAGGACCAGCCACAUAUCGACCUGUUCGUCUUCUUUUCCGUGUUUUUCUCCUGCUUCUUCCUCUUCCUUGCAGUCUGCGUCAUGUUGUGGAAAAUGAAGCAGACAUUCGACGCUCGCAGGUCUAGACAGAUGAGGGAAAGGGAGAUGGAGUGCAUGGCCUCGAGGCCGUUUGCCAAGAUUCUCGUCCUGGUGGAGCACGACGAACCUCUCUAUCUCCCUCUCUCUUCUGGACUGAUCAGGCGCCGGUCGAGGCUCAACCGCUACCACAACCGGAAUCAGUAUUACAACAACAAUGACAUCAACACCUUGGCCAGCCUGCCCCCUCCCAGAGAGCUGCGAGUGAUACCCAUAGCCAUUGAGCCAACAGAGGACGGGCUGGCCAGCGUGGGGACUGUACUUUUCCAGUUGCCAGGUGGGCUUUCUGCACCCUCCCAUUUGUGUCUCGGCUCAGCUCUCACCACUAGGAUUACCCCCCCUGUCCUGACUCAGAAGUCUGCAAACAUUCGUCGUAGAACCAGUGCGUCGUCGUGUUAG